AUGGAGGCCGCAAUAAGCACACGCAGGGUUACCGCGAGAGCAGUGUUGCCACAAGAGCAAUGUAAUCAAGAGACAAGGUUGCAGGUGGCGGGCGCAGGAUACCUGCGGCAGGUGGCGGGCGCCAGGAAGCUGGGGGUCGAGCUACAACCUCCAGACAUUUCCUCGGCGCUAUCCUGUGGGAACCAGGAGUCACUCUCCGCCCCCACGCCCUCCCCGCCCACCGGAAAUGCCCCGGCUGCAAAAGUUGACCUGGGCUCCGAGCCCCACCCUUCCCUAGCCACCCUCGACACCUACCCCAACAUACGUAAAAGUCAACAGAGACCGCGCUGUGCUGUGGCGCCGCCGCCGCCGCCGCCGCCGCCGCCGCCGGUAGGGAGGAACAGAUUCAGCUGUGAACAAAAACUUAUAAGCAGCACGGACUACCCUGAGCCUCUAGCGGACUACCCUGAGCCUCUAGCGGACUACCCUGAGCCUCUAGCGGACUACCCUGAGCCUCUAGCGGACUACCCUGAGCCUCUAGCGGACUACCCUGAGCCUCUAGCGGACUACCCUGAGCCUCUAGCGGACUACCCUGAGCCUCUAGCGGACUACCCUGAGCCUCUAGCGGACUACCCUGAGCCUCUAGCGGACUACCCUGAGCCUCUAGCGGACUACCCUGAGCCUCUAGCGUACUACCCUGAGCCUCUAGCGGACUACCCUGAGCCUCUAGCGGACUACCCUGGCACAGGAGCGGGGCUGUAA